GCUGGGCCGGCGCGGAAGCCUUGGAAAGCACCCCCCCGCCUCCACUCCCCGGGCUGGGUGGCGGGCGUGGCCCUAGGACCCGCUCCUUCCGCGCCGCGCCCUCUUCAGGGACACCCGGGCCCGGGCGGCUCGGCCGGGAGGAGGGCAGAGCGGUGCCGCCUAAUCCUCAGGCCCUCUCUCGGAGCGCCGCUGGGGGUGGAACCGCGAUCAGCCGAGCCCUGGGGCUCUGGCCUCCGCGACGUUCAGCUGCCCCACCGGAGGUAAAGAAGAUUUGAGUUUGCAGUCCUCAGCUGGGAACGGCUUUGUGUUUUGGCCCUUUUUUCCCCGGGCGGCUUAGACAGAGUAGUUCAUGGCAAAUCUUGUAAUUAAGCAUGGAAUAUGGAAAACAAAACACUUCAGCUGGUACUUUAGUCUCAUGUGAAAUUCUACAGGCAUGUGUCUUAUAAGCAGUAUACAGCAGAAUUUUAAGCCAGUCUGAGAGUCUCUGUUUUUCAGUAGAAAUUGCAAGCAUUAUUUUGACUGCUACUUGCUAUCAAAUGCUCAGUUGGUGAAAUUGGAGGUCUUUCACUCAGAAGAGAAAAACCAGGAAAGAAGGUUUCUCUGGGAACUGGCUGGGUGAUGGCAUACUAAGCAGAUCUUUGAUAAAUCUUCCAGAACCCGAGGCUUGCAUGCUUCUGAGCUUCUGUGAAUGGCCCCGGCACUCCUGACCACCCUUCCGGCUAGGAUGUCACUCAGAUCCCUGAAAUGGAGCCUCCUCCUGCUGUCGCUGCUGAGUUUCCUGGUGAUGUGGUACCUCAGCCUGCCGCAUUACAACGUGAUAGAGCGUGUGAACUGGAUGUACUUCUAUGAGUAUGAGCCCAUUUACAGACAAGACUUCCGCUUCACACUGCGAGAGCAUUCAAACUGCUCUCAUCAAAACCCAUUUCUUGUCAUCCUGGUGACCUCACACCCCUCAGAUGUGAAAGCCAGGCAGGCCAUUAGAGUUACCUGGGGUGAAAAGAAGUCUUGGUGGGGAUAUGAAGUUCUUACAUUUUUCUUAUUAGGCCAACAGGCUGAAAAGGAAGACAAAGUGUUAGCAUUAUCCUUAGAGGAUGAACACCUCCUUUAUGCGGACAUAAUACGACAGGAUUUUUUAGACACAUACAAUAAUCUGACCUUGAAAACCAUAAUGGCGUUUAGGUGGGUAACUGAGUUUUGCCCCAACGCCAGGUAUAUCAUGAAGACAGACACUGAUGUUUUCAUCAAUACUGGCAAUUUAGUGAAGUAUCUUUUAAAUUUAAACCACUCAGAGAAGUUUUUCACAGGUUAUCCUCUAAUUGAUAAUUAUUCCUAUAGAGGAUUUUAUCAGAAAACCCAUAUUUCAUACCAGGAAUAUCCCUUCAAGGUGUUCCCACCUUACUGCAGUGGGUUGGGUUAUAUAAUGUCCAGAGAUUUGGUGCCGAGAAUCUAUGAAAUGAUGAGUCACGUAAAACCCAUCAAGUUUGAAGAUGUUUAUGUUGGGAUCUGUUUGAAUUUAUUAAAAGUGGACAUUCAUAUUCCAGAAGACACCAACCUUUUCUUUUUAUAUAGGAUCCAUUUGGAUGUCUGUCAGCUCAGACGUGUGAUUGCAGCCCAUGGCUUUUCUUCCAAGGAAAUCAUCACAUUUUGGCAGGUUAUGCUAAGGAACACCACAUGUCAUUAUUAAUUUGACAUUCUACCCAAGCCUAGAGAAGGGAGGGAUACUUUGUAGAAAGUGUUAACGUUAGACUAUGAAAUCGCCAGUGAAAAACCCAUGAGAAGGUCACUGUGUGGCUUACACAAAGCUGAAACUCAUGUAGAGCCUAUAGACGAGACUAGAGGGUUGCACUUGGCCUGUGGUUUAUUAUGACAACAAUCAAGUCAAGCCUUUUAAAAGUGAUAUUCAGAGGAAUUAAAAUCUUAUAAAGGAAUGGGAAGUUUUUUUUAAAUAAAACUAAUAGGGCCAAACAGUUUGAACAUGUCAUUCUACAGACUAGAGCUUCUUAAAUGGGUUUCAUUGAAUUAUAAGCUCAUUUAUCCAUAACAACAAAACAGUGUGCAGUAUUAUUCAUGAGGCAUCUAGUCAGUUCAGGGUUUUGUGUAUAUCUUCAUAGAUUACUAGUUUUUUUAAAUAUACAGUUCUGUGUAAAAGAAACUGAAGUUAUUUCUGAACAAAGUUUAAUCUGUUUUUGGUCAUUUGGAAGAUAUUUCAAGAUGUUGCAGUAUUAAAGAGUUAUUAAUUAUUAUUUAAUAAUACUUAGAGUUUUACACUUUAUGGAUGUUUGAAUGUUUUGGUUUCAAUACUGCAUAAACAGAAUAAACUUUUUUUCCAGUUACUUCAGCGAUGAA